ACAACGACAAACGCUUUUAUUAUUUUUAGGAUUAACCUUCAAUCCGCCUUGCAAAGUCUUUUCGAUAAGAAAAAGAUUAAGCGUCCUAUAAAUGGCGAAGUAUCGAGAUUCGCGAAACUAUUAUGGCAACCACUUAAUGAGGAAUACAAAAAGAACAUGAAACUUUACAUUAACGAUUAUUACCAAAAUCUUCCCAAGCAUCCUCCUCGUAUAAUCCAUUAUCAGCUUCAGAUCUGUAAAGAAAGAAACAAGAAACGAAAUAAUAUGCAUGACCCUCCGAGAGAAUACACUCAAAAUAAGGAAGUUCAUAAGAAAGAUUCUUUCAAGGACCCCUUCGCAUAUUCUGCCAUACAUGACAUGGGUAAUCCUUCGCGAGAAUACACUCAAAGUGAGGAAGUUCCUAAAGGAGAUUUUUUCGAGUACUCCGUGUAUUCCUUCAUGCAUAACAUGCAUAGUCCUCCGAGAGAAUACACUCAAAAUGAGGAAGUUCCUAAAGGAGAUUCUUUCGAGGACUCCGUGUAUUCCUUCAUGCAUAACAUGCAUAGUCCUCCGAGAGAAUACACUCAAAGUGAGAUUCCUGAAGAUUCUUUCGAGAAUUUUUCCGCUAUGCUUAGUACGAAUGAUUUUUCGCGAGAAUAUAUAUUCCAUUCAGAAUGA